UUAGGAUUUAGCUAUUUUUUAACUAUUGAAUUACUUUAAUUGAAUAUUUGUUAAUUAUUGUGAUGUGUUUUUUAUUUUAAUGAUAAAUUGGCAGCAUUGAAUAUAUUUUGAGUAUUUAGUCGCUCCGUGCAGUUUGUAAUUAAGUCGUUAUCCAAUUAGAACCAACGACCAUCUGACACUGAGAUAUUGAUUACUGCGACGCGCCUGUGUUCAUCUGCUCAAAUAACCUUUGUUUGAUAUAAAGAUAAAUAUAUAUGAAAAAUAUGUGGAAUGGACAUUUAAACCAUAUGUUGUUUCGAUAAUAAAAACAACGAAUAAUAAGAAUAUAUGAAUGAAUAUAUUAAAGCUACUGUUGAUGAUUCAAAUGUAAAUGAUGUUUAAAUAAAACUGCAGACACAUUCACGUCAGUGAAAUGGAUCCUGUUGUUGAUCUGAAACAGUUCCAGAACAAAGCGUGGUCAGAUGAAGGUGGAGGGUCUCCAGGAGGAGCCCGUGUCCUCCUCAGAGAGCCGCGUGACCCGGCUGCUGAGCGCCGUGGAGGGCGAGCUGCGGGCCGGCCGCGAGAAGGGCGACCCCACGGAGAAGGACCUCCGGGUCACGCUGGAGGAGGCGGAGCUCUGGAAAAAGUUUCAGGAGAUCACCAACGAGAUGAUCGUCACCAAGAACGGCCGCCGGAUGUUCCCGGUCCUGAAGGUCAGCGUCUCCGGUCUGGACCCCAGCUCCAUGUACUCCCUCCUGCUGGACUUUGUGCCGGCCGACGGCUGCCGCUGGAAGUUCGUGAACGGCGAGUGGGCGGCGGCCGGCCGGGCCGAGGGGCGGGGCGAGGGGCGGGGCCACGGCGGCAUCUACAUCCACCCCGACUCGCCCAACUUUGGAGCUCACUGGAUGAAGACGGCCGUGACCUUCAACAAGGUGAAGCUCACCAACAAGGUCAACGCAGGGGGACAGGUGGUGCUGAACUCGCUCCACCGGUACGAGCCUCAGCUCCACAUCGUGUGCGUCGGCUCUCGACAUCGCCUCGUGUCCCAUGUGACCUUCAAGGAGACGCAGUUCAUCGCCGUCACGGCCUACCAGAAUGAGGAGGUCACGGCUCUGAAGAUCAGGUACAACCCCUUUGCGAAAGCCUUCCUGGAUGCAAAGGACAGGAACCCGGGUGGGCGGGGUUUACAGGAGUCCUCAGACAGUUGCGGUGGGAUUCAACCUUGCUGGUCACUGUGCUCUGCCGGAGGGGGCGGGGCUUACCCCUACGGAGGUGGCCUCCCACUGACCUCACACCAUCACCACGGUUACAAGCAUCACGGUUACCCGGGACGACACGCCCCUUACCCCUCCCCCUACCUGCCGCCACGCCCACACUCCUCAGUCUGUCUGUCUGAAGGUGUCCAGGUGCUGACAGACACGUGGAGUAGCUCCUCCCCUCGGCCGACCUCCUCCACCAAUCACAACGCUGCGCCCUCACAGCCUCCUCCUCACAGCUCCAGUCAGUAUCCAUGUCUGUGGACGGCUGGCGGCGAGCUAAGCCCCUCCCACUCCCCCUGCACGGCCCUCCACGGACCAAUCAGCAGCGAGGGCGUCAUGCAGCCGCCCAGUCACGGACGAGUAGGUGUGGCCGCAUGGCCUCCAGGCCCCGCCCACUCUUUCUGAGGAUGGCUGUGGUUGGCUGAAAUGGGAGUGAAGAUCCCUGCUGCUGAGUAUCAAUAUGUUUCUAUCAACAGCAGCUGGAGACGAGUACUAGUAUUUACCACCAGCUGUUAGUACUCACUGAGGUACAUCUGGUGUCUCAGUAUUGGAUGAUAUCUUGUAGCUACUAGUAUCUACGUGUGACUGGUUGUUCAUAUAGUACUUCUACACAGUAAACUUGUGUCUACUUGUACCUUUUGGUGGCUACUCGUGAAUACUUUCAUCCACAGGUGGAUGGUCAUGUAUUAGUGGUUUUGUUCUUGUACUAAAAUAUAUUACACUGGUAUUCGGCAUCUACUGGUGGCCAGUAAUAUAUAUCGGUUGCUACUAGUAUCUAUUCAUGACUACUGGUAUCUAUUGCUGGCUAACGGUAUAUGUUGGUGGCUAAUAUUAUAUUUUAUUAUACCAUUGGCUACUGGUGCUCUGUAUUGGUGAUUGGUGGACACUUUGAAUGGGCUUAUCAUUACUUCUAUAAAUCAAUAACUAUAUAUUGUAAUGUUAUUUCAGCUGUUGAUGGUGACAGAAAAACACUGUACAACGUCGUUGUGGAUUCUGUCUCUUUUUAACCUGCUUAUUCAUAUUUGUACAGUGAUCAGCUGUGUUUCAAGCCAACCAAUUCAUAUUUAACUGAUAUGGUUGCUUCAAAUGAAAGACUUAAUAGGUCAAAAGAAGAAUCAUCAUCUAAAUUCUACACUUUUAUAUCUGAAA